AUGCCCGCCACCCCAGGCCGGCUGGCCCCGCUCGACUCUCUAAAAGCAUGCCCCCUGCAGUUCCUGCCAGACUUCCCGCCAUGCCCCGCAUGCCCCACGGGUCACACCGGAUGGCUCUUGGGUCCCGGGCCUCAUUGGGGCUUUGUUGAUGCAGCGAGGCACGUGUUUGCAGGGCACCUUCAUUCACAAGCAGCCGCCAGAAGUUGCUAUAAAGCUGCCAGAAUAGUAGUGAUGGCAGGGAACCCAGAAAGUCGUCCCACAGGGGAUGGUGGCUGUCUGUCUGAUAAAAUUCAGAUCAUUGUCAGGAGAGAGGAAGAUGAUGGUGGGGAUCCCGGUGGCUUGGAGAGGGUGGGCUGGAAGUAGCAGCACCAGCAGGAGGGCAAUGCCCAGGCUGACAACGGAGGUGAGCCAGCCCAGGGCGCAGGCAGGAGGCAGCACUGUGUGGCAUUGCCUGGAAGGUGCUCAGGCCCUGACGGUGAGGAGGAGGAAGGCGGGUCCCUGUGGUUCCAGGACAGCAGCACCCUGCCUGAUGGGGCCCAGAGCCUCCAGUUCCACCGCAGUACCAGCUCCAGAAAGACGUCUCCGGUCUGGAAGCACUUCUUGGUCUCCCCCUGGGACAGCACGAAAGCCACCUGCAGGCACUGCAUGAAGAAGUUAGGCCUCGGAAAGAAAGAGAAGGACCUGAGCACCAGGUGCCUCAUGAGGCACAUGAGGCUGGUGCACCCCACCGUGCUCAACCCUGAGGAGGGCAGCGAGGCCUCCCCACCCUCCUCAGCCCCCACGCAGCUGCUGUUGCCACAGCCCUCCCAUGGCAGGGACCAGAGCCCCGUCCUCUCUCCUAUCCUCAGCCUGGAGGCGUUCCCCCAAAUGGCUUCCAAAAUCCUCUCCCCUGACCAGCUGGCAGAGGAGACGGUGACUUCCGACGUCCGUUGUGAUGAAGCCUCCUCCAGCCUGUCCCGCUCAGACAAGUACUGCCGGGAGGAAGCCCUGGGGGAGCCCCCUGCCCUUCUCCCAACACUGCAUGAUGAUGAUGCUCUGAAGAAUGCCUUCCAGAGGCGCCUCCUGGUCCCUCAGAGCAAGCAGAGCCUUCGGAAGUGCUCGGUCGUGUGGCAGCACUUCUACCUGUCCCGGCUGGACAGGUCCAAGGCCAUUUGCAUCCACUGCAUGAAGGAGCUCAGUCUCGGCAGGAGUGGCCGCCGCCUGGGCACCAGCUGCCUCAUCCGCCACUUGAGGCGUGCUCACAAGACCAUCAAGCUGCAGGAAAAUGAAGGCAAUCCUGGCCCCCCACCCCUGCAGUCUGAGCUUCCCGCACUUUUGCCUGCCCUGCCACCACCAGAUCCAGAGCCCAGCUCCGUGGCAUCAUCCCUGGGGAAUUGGGUCCCAGUGUCCCCAUCUGCAUUGUCCUCCCCUCACCAGCUGCCUGAGGACCUGCAGUCGCCUCUGAAUCCCAGGGAGAAGCUAGAUGCCGGACCCAGCCCUCAGCUGCCCGAGUCUGGAGCCUUGUUCCAACAGAACCAACGAGUCAUGAAGAGACUCAGGUUCGAGGUCUCGCAGAGGGACCUCUCAUGCAAUGAGACCAAGGAUGUGGACGUCUCUCUGCCACCCGUGGACAGUCUCAAGGCUGUGUGCAGCCAAAAGACCUCAACCUUGUGGAAUCAUUUCUCCAUCUGCUCCACAGAGCCGACUAAAGUGAUCUGCUUGCAUUGUGGCCACAUGAUCAGCACGGACAAGAAGCCGGCCAAUCUGGGCACCAGCUGUCUCCUGUCCAGGCACUUACAGAGGUUCCACAGCAGCGUGGUGCUGAAGACUGAUGUCCCGGACACUGCCCGGCCCUCUUCUCCAGGUCCCCCUAUUCCCAUGAGCACAGACAUGUCCACGUCCUCCAAGAGCACCGCUGAAGAGUCUCACCCGGUUGCCCAAAAAAUCACGAGGCUCGUCGCUGAGAUGAUGGCCCUGGACCUCCAGCCCUACUCGCUCAUGAAUAACGUUGGCUUCAACAGGCUGCUCGGCUACUUGAACCCUUGGUACUCCUUGCCCUCCCCGGCUUAUUUCUCCGGGACUGCCAUCCCCAACAUGUACGACAGCGUGAAACGCAUCAUCAAGGCCAGCCUGAGGAAGGCCGAGAGCGGCGUGGUCCACUUCACCUUGGGGGUGUGGGAGAGCAGUCAGACCCCGGAGUACCUGAUGCUCACUGCCCACUGGGUGACCUUUGAGUCCUCUGUCCGGCUGCACUGUGAGGACCACCACUGCUCAGCCCUGCUGGAUGUGUCUCAGGUCGACUAUGGCUGUCGUGGCAACAGCCUCCAGAAGCAGAUGCAGUGCUGGUGGGAGGCCUGGGUGAGCUCCACCGGCCUCCAGAUGGGCAUCACAGUGACAGACAACCCGAGCAUAGGGAAGACGUUGAGUGAGGGCGAGCUGACCAGCGUGCAGUGUUUCAACAGCAUCCUCAGUCUCAUCCUCAGCGAGGCCUUCAAGACCCAGAGGAUGGUCCAGAACCUGCUAAGCAUCGCCCGCAAGACCUGUGAGUGGGUUCAGCGGUCUCCCCGAGCCCAGGAGAAGCUGGCUGAGCUGCAGAAGGAGUACGCACUGCCCCAGCACACCCUCAUUCAGGACGAGCCGUCCAAGUGGACCACGUUGCUCCACAUGCUGGAGCGGCUCAUCGAGCAGAAGAGGGCCGUCCACGAGCUGGCCAUCGAGUGCCACUUCCCCGAGAUCAUCAGCUUCGACCAGUGGGAGGGCAUGCAGUCUGUGUGCCAUGCCCUGAGGUCCUUUGACGCUGCUAGCUGCGAGAUGAGCACCCGCACGGCCACGCUCAGCCAGGUCAUCCCCAUGAUGUACAUCCUCCACAGGAAGAUCGACAUGCUUUUUGAGGAGACCAUGGGCAUCGACACCAUUCUCAAGUCUCUGAAGGAGGGCGUGGGGAGCUGCCUCACUGCCAUGCUGCACAACCCCAGCUACCUCUUUGCCACCCUGCUGGACCCCCGCUACAAAACCUCUUUGUUCUCCAAGGAGGAGGCCGAGCUUUACAGGCGGGAUCUCAUCAGAGAACUCAAGAUGUUGAAUCCUGCCUCACACCACAGGCCCGUCUGCAGCAGGCAUGACCCAGCUGUUCCUGUGCAGGGCUCCUCAGGUAAGGAGAGCCUAUGGUCCCUGUUGGCCUCGGUAAAAAAGCCGAGCCCUCGGGGCAGUGCCCCAUUGCCUGAAGACACGGUGCUAGCCUACCUGGCGGAGGAGGUGCUGGAAAUUAGCUGUGACCCCCUCACCUACUGGAACCUGAAGAGGGAGGCCUGGCCCAGCCUUUCCAUACUGGCCUUCAGGUUCCUGGGCUGCCCUCCGAGCAUUGUCCCUGUGGAGAAACUCUUAAACAUGCCCUUAGAGCAUGAUGGCGUUGGCCGUUCCAGGCUCACAAUGGAACACUUUGAAAAACUCAUCUUUCUAAAUGUAAACCUUCCCUUAAUAGACUUCCAAUAUUAG